AUGGCUUCGGCUGCGCAACGUGUUCGACCUCGGCCGGCUCAUACACAAGGCACAACUCGCUGUGCAUACACGCCAGACGGAUCGAAGCUGGUCACCGUCGGAUCCAACAACACGAUCCGCAUCUACAAGACUGGCUUUGAUGGAGAGCCGACCAACAUCGACGAGUGCCAGGAGCAAAAUGUCAGUGUCGCCGCCAAUGAUGACUUCUUCAUAGUCGGCUCCGAGGACGGCACUGUGAGCCUGUACUCCUUGGAGACCAACACAUUCCAGCGCUUCCUGACGCGCUGCACGCUCCCUGUGCGUGAUGUUGCGCUCUCUCCGGACGGGAAGCUGUGUGCUGUGGCCAGCGACGAGCUCACCGUCAAGGUCGUCGGAACCGCCGACAACUCCAGGAUAUUCCACCUGAAGGAGCACGGGAAGCCGACCAAGCAUGUUUCCUUUGACCCAAAGGGCAGCAUACUCACCCUCUCAUGUACCGACGGCGUUGUCUAUGUCUACUCAAUGACGGCAGAAGAACCCGAGCUGAUAAGGAAGGUCGACGGGGCGAUUGGGUCGUUGGAGACAAAUGAGGACGCGUCGUCCUCCGUCGCCUGGCACCCGGACGGGAGGGCAUUCGCAGUUCCCACGCCAAUUCGAGACAUCCAGGUCGUCUCCAAAAAUGACUGGGAUAACCAGCGAUCUUUCAGGAACGGGCACGAAGGCGACAUUACUGCCAUCGCCUGGUCACCAAACGGAGCCAUGCUCGCAACGGCAGCCAAGGACAAGAAGGUCCUCAUCUGGCAGACAAAGGACCAGACAGUCAUCGGAAGAUACGAAUAUCCGAAUGUCAUCGACAUUGCGUGGCAUCCAACAAAUAACUUACUAUCCCUGACCACCACCGACGGCGAGGUCUAUAUCUGCCCUGAUUUUAUCUCAAGCCAAUUCUCCAUUCUUCUGAAAUUGUCAAGGCAGCCAGCACCAUUCAUCCACGACCCUCUGGACGAAACAGCAGCCAACGGCCGAAGACCGCAAGUGAACGGUCAGAAGACCCGCCCGGAAGCAGCUCGGACAGAGUUGACGGACGAUCUGGACUCCUUGCUUGAUGAUGGUUUUGGAGAAGACGACGACAACUUCGUCAUUGAUGACGACGGCGCUGGAUACACUCUAGGCCGCAAGAGGCCGGCUGACGACGAUGACAUCUUCGGCGACUAUCCAAAUAAGCGGGCCAAUGUCCUCCAGCCGCGGUUUCACGAGCCGUUCCAACCAGGCGCAACUCCCUGGCGUGGGAACCGGAAGUACCUCUGUCUGAACUUGAUCGGGUUCGUCUGGACUGUCGACCAGGACACGCACCACACAGUGACCGUGGAGUUCUAUGAUCAUGAGUUCCACCGCGAUUUCCAUUUCACAGACACUUUCCUCUACGACAAGGCAUGCCUCAGCGACCAUGGAACCCUUUUUGCAUGCCCUCCAAAAGACGAUGCGCCAGCGUCGAUCUUCUAUCGGCCGCAUGAAACAUGGACACAGCGUAAUGACUGGAGGACAGAGCUUCCUAGGGGAGAGGCCGUGCUGGCCAUGUCCUUGGGCGAUUCCUUCAUAACAGUGACAACGUCGGCGAAUUACGUGCGAGUCUACACCUUGUUCGGGAUUCCCUACCGAGUUUACCGGCCGAAAAGCACUCCGAUGGUGACGUGUGCCAGCUGGCGGGACUAUGUUCUGACCAUAGGCAACGGACCUUGCGGUGCCGAUGGUAGGACAAGGCUUCUCUACUCGAUCGAGAACGUCAAACGCGAUGAAAUCUGUCAGAAUGAAGACACGGUUGCUCUACCAGAGGGCGCCACCGUCAAGAGCGUCUUCUUCUCUGACAAUGGGGACCCAUGCAUCUACGACUCUACAGGCACACUCCUGACGCUCCUGCACUGGCGCCAGCCGUCACGAGCAUCAUGGACCCCUCUGCUGGACACCAAGCUCCUGCCGCGCCUGGCCUCGGGCCGCAAGAACGAGAGCUACUUUCCCAUCGCGGUGGCGGACAACAAGUUCCACUGCAUCAUCCUCAAGGGCGGGGACCAGUAUCCUUACUUCCCGCGACCCCUCCUCUCCGAGUUCGACUUCUCCGUACCGCUCACCUCGGCACCGCCCAAGACCAGGACCAGGCCCGGCGACGGUGACGAGGACAUGGAGGACGACGACGAGGACGCGUUCAAGGCGGACGAGGAGGAGUCUUCCGAGUCCCGCAGGCUCGAACAGCAGUUCAUGCUGCGUGGGAUCCAGGCUGCGCAGGUGCAGGAUCUGGUUGAGUCGACGUCGGGCAGCCACGCGCAGCGCACGGCGCUGGCCCGGCUCGAGAUCGAGAUCGACAAGGCGCUGCUGCAGCUGCUGGCGAUCGAGUGCCGCGAGGGCGAGGAGCGCGGCAUGCGCGCGCUGGAGAUGGUGGAGCUCAUGCGGGACCGAACGGGCAGGAUGGUCGAGGCCGCGGGCAAGGUGGCCGAGAGGUACGGGAGGGCGAUCCUGGGCGAGAAGAUCAGGGAGCUCGGCGACAAGAGGGCUAAUGGGAUGGACUUCGACGACUCGUAG